GAUUUCAGCGUCUCUUCCGCCCUCUGAAGUCGGGACUGCCUGAGAAGCUAUGAGGAGCCUCGUGCUCCUCCUGAGUCUACUUCUGACAGCAGCUCCGUUUGGCCUUCUGGGGGAGGAGACCCGCCAGGUGUCUCUGAAGGUCAUCUCUGACUGGCUGGACCCUUCCCAGAACCUGCUUCAUAUCCAGGCAGUGGGUGCCACUUCCACCCUGCACUAUGUGUGGGGCAGCCUGGGACCCCCAGCCGUGCUGCUGGUGGCCACCAACACCCCCAACAGCACCCUGAGUGUCAACUGGAGCCUCCUGAUUUCCUCUGAGCCUGACGGGGGCCUCAUGGUGCUCCCCAAGGAGAGCAUCCAAUUUUCUUCUGCCCUCGUCUUUACCAGGCUGUUUGAGUUUGACAGCACCAACACAUCCGAUGCGGCCGCCAAGCCUCCAGGAAAAUCAUAUCCCCCAUACUCCUUGGCUGAUUUCUCCUGGGACAACAUCACUGACUCACUGGAUCCUGCCACCCUGAGCGCCACAUUUCGAGGCCACCCCAUUCACGACCCCACUGGGGCUUUUGCCAAUGGCAGCCUGGCCUUCAGGGUUCAGGCCUUCUCCAGAUCUGGCCGGCCAGCCCAACCCCCUCGCCUCCUGCACACAGCGGACACCUGCCAGCUAGAGGUGGACCUGGUUGGGGUCUCUCCCCGGGGAAACCGCUCCUUGUUUGGGCUGGAGGUAGCCACGUUGGGCCAUGGCCCUGACUGCCCCUCAGUGCAGGAGCAGCGCUCCAUCGAUGAUGAAUAUGCACCUGCUGUCUUCCAGUUGGACCAGCUGCUAUGGGGCUCCCUCCCAUCAGGCUUCAUGCAGUGGCGACCAGUGGCUUUCUCCCAGAAGCAGGGGGGCCGGGAAUCAGCCAUGCCCUGCCAAGCUUCCUCUCUUUACCCCACCUUGGCAUACCUUCUCCCCCAGUCACCCAUUGUCCGAGCCUUCUUUGGGUCCCAGAACUACUUCUGUGCCUUCAAUCUGACAUUUGGGGCUUCCACAGGCCCUGGCUACUGGGACCAACACUACCUCAGCUGGUCCAUGCUCCUGGGUGUGGGCACCCCUCCAGUGGAUGCCUUGUCCUCGCUAGUCCUAGGCAUCGUGGCAGUGGCCCUGGGUGCUCCAGCGCUCAUGCUGCUGGCAGGAGGCGUGUUUCUGCUGCUGGGCCGCAAGUGGUACUCAGAAUACCAGCCUAUAAAUUGAGGCCUGCUCUCUAGAGGGAAGGACAUUACUGGACCUGCCUUGCUGGUCUGCAGGUUUGAGGGUCAGUAUUACCAGCCAGCUGCUCCCUUUUCCCAUCUUGCUUUUCUGCAGAACCUCAGAGACCAGCCUCAACUUCCUGCGGACCCAGGUGGGGCUUCCUUCAAACUUUGAGGAGGCACCAGGGACAGAGUGAUUGCUAGAGGGAGGGUCCCCUCGGCGUUGCCUCCCCGCCCCUCCAACCCCCAUUUCCCUUGAAUGGGACUCACAGGCCUAAAUGAGAGGCCUUCUGACUUGUCUGCUACCCUGGAGGGCAUGAAAUAGACUAAGUUUUUCCCCAGGGCUUGUCUCUCAGUGUGUGAGUGUUGCUGGGUCUGGUUCCAGGGAAUGAGAGGGCUGGAGGUGGGCAUGGAAGGCAAUUUCUUGUUUGCAGCACCAUUUCUUCCCCAGGCCCAGUUCUCUCCCUUGCCACGGGACCAGGCUCCUGCCAGCCACUCUUCAGCAUGCGGAGCUGGGAGGUCUCUGGUGCAGUCUGAAUCCAACAAGGAAGGGACACUUGAGACGAGGGCGCACACACGAAGGAAGAGCCAAGGAAGACAGUGGUAGUUGUUUAUUGUUACACACACAUUCAUAUGGGGUUAACAUCAACCACUAUGUCUUCCAACCACUCCCAGACACCACAGGUAUGGGUGCACGCGUGCACACACACACACACACACGCCCACACACUCACACACACACACGCCCACACACACACACACACGCCUCUUGGGAGGCAGGUUUCCCUGUCUGCUCCUCUUCCCAUGAGAGAGGUAUGACUUCUGGGCAGUGUGGAGGUGCAAGGUUACAGGGACCUAAAGGGUUGGAAGGGAGGAGGCAGCCACACUGGACUGGGACAGCUGUAAUUGACUUGACUGAGGCUCAAGAGCCUAUAUGGCCAGUCAUGGAGGGUCCUGAACCCAGGUCCCCAGGAAGGUUUUCACCAAACGUGAACGUCCUGUUUGAUCUGAUGCCCAGCCAUUACCUUUAGGCAUGGGCAAGGUUUCUAGUCUCUUUGAGGCCCUCUGCUUAGACACCCAGCACGGAAAUGGUCAGAGUUUUGGCUGUGGCUCUGCUGGCUGCCUCACAGGAGGCUGGGCAGUGGAGCAGAGUCCAGCCAUUGUGGGCCCUAGUGGCAGUGGUGGGAGGCUGCUCAGGAAGGAACCAUGCCUCUGCUCCCGGUCCUGUGCCCUCAGCAUCCUUAAGGAACAUGGCUGUCCACCUCUUUCCCUGAAAGAAUGUCUGAGUCCCUCCCGCCUAAUUGUCCCAGGCUCCAAAGGUGAAGGGGAGUGCCCCAACUCGGAGAGCAGGGGACAGUCCAGGCUCUGAUUGGAUGGUACCCCUGUCGGGGCAGUAGGUGGGUUCAUCCCACCCAGGUACCAGGGCUGGGAGCAAAGGGGUGGGGCGGCUUAGCCCCAGGAGCGAGGCCUGUGGUCUGAGGCGGAGCGGGCGUGGUCAGGGUAGUCCAGGCGGCUCUCGGAGGCAGUGAGCAUGCGUUCGGGCUCCACCACGAACAUAUAGUAGAGGUUCCACACCAGCAUGGACAGCAGGGGCAGGAAUGUCAGGCCGUAGCCAAAGCCUCGGAAGGAGCGGCCCACGGCAAAGGUCAGCCAGUAUAUCAGCCUGGGAAGCAAGAAAAGAUCGGGCUUUCCUUGAGGCGAGUACAUGAGCUAACUGGCAACAGGCUGAUGAUGGGGAGAAUACAAAGUGAAGGCAGCAGAUGGGUGUUGGUCAGCACAACUGAUACCUCUAAAGACAGCCAGUGUUUAUGUACUUACCAUGUGCCAGGCAUGGUACCAAUUACUUUAGGGGCACUGUUUAAUUUAGACCCCCACAUCUCUAUGAAGUGUGUAUAUUAUUCACCUCCCUCUUUGUUUACUUUUCAAAUUUUAAUUAAAAAAUUUUGAGUAGGCAGUAUACAUUUACAUGGUUCAAAAUUCAAAGGUACCAGUGAGUAUAGUAAAAUGUGUUCCUUUACUGAUUCCCAGAUACCCUAUUCUCGUCCUUCACCUUCUCCCCUCUGUUCCCCUCCCACCCCAGACAUCUAAUAUUAUGGUUUCUUGUACAUCGUGAUGUUUUCUGUACAUAAGAGCGAAAAGAUUUAUGUUUUCCUUUUCCCUUUUUUUUUUGGAAGUUUGGUAGCAUACUAAAUAUAGAGAUUGUUCUGCACAUUGAUUUUUUUCCCUCAUUUAAUGUAUCUUGGAGAUUGUGUUAUAUUAGUAUAUAAAGAGCUUCAUUAUUUCACA